AUGUCCAUGACUGACUGUACAUUAUGUCCAAGCCUCAGACCCUCACUCAAGACCCUCACAAGAGACCUCACACGAGACCCUCUCACGAGACCUUCACAAGAGGCCUCACACGAGACCCUCACACGAGACCCUCACAUGAGACCUCACACGAGACCCUCACAUGAGACUCUCACACGAGACCCUCACACCAGACCCUCACACCAGACCCUCACACCAGACCCUUACACGAGACCCUUACACGAGACCCUCACAAGAGACCCUCACACGAGACCCUUACACGAGACCCUUACACGAGACCCUCACACGAGACCCUCACAAGAGACUCUCACACGAGACCCUUACACGAGACCCUCACACGAGACCCUCACACGAGACCCUCACACGAGACCCUUACACGAGACCCUC